CUGUGCCGCCGCGCGCAUGGGGUCGCGCGUGGAGCUGGGGUUCGCGGAGGAGGCGGCCCCGUGGCGCCUGCGCAGCGCCCAGUUCCCCAGCAAGGUGGGGGGGCGGCCGGCGUGGCUGGGCGAGUCCGGGCUGCCGGGCCCCGCUGAGCUGCGCUGCGGGCGGUGCGGGCGGCCCUGCGCCUUCCUGCUGCAGCUCUACGCGCCGCUCCCCGGCCGCCCCGACGCCUUCCACCGCGGCCUCUUCGUGUUCUGCUGCCGCGGGCCCGCCUGCUACCGGCCCGGGGCCCAGGGGCCGCUGCGAGUUUUUAGGAACCAGCUUCCGAGGAAGAAUGACACCUAUUCCUAUGAUCCACCACCUGAAGCGCCCCCUCCUGAAGGGCAUCCCCCUGUGAGCCUCCAGCUUCAAUGUGGAGCUCAACUGUGCAGAGUCUGUGGCUGUUUAGGGCCAAAGGCAUGUUCCAAAUGUCACAGGGCCCAUUACUGUAGUAAAGAUCAUCAGACUGUAGAUUGGAAAUUGGGACACAAACUGUCUUGUGCGCAGUCAGCUCAACUGGACACUGCAAUUCCAGAUCACAAGUUCCUUUUUCCAGAGUAUGAAAUUGUAAUAGAACCUGAGGAAAUGGAAACUCCUGGUGACAGUCAAACAGAUGCAGAUACACAAAAGAACUUGGAGAAACAUGACGAAUUGGCGGCUGCAGGCGGUGCAAGUGAUGGUUUUGAGUCACUGGAUGAGGAGGUAUUGGAGGCAAUGGCAAAACAUGAGACUCGAGAAGACAAGAUUUUCCAAAAGUUUAAAAAUCGAAUAGCUGCAGAGCCAGAACAGAUUCUCAGAUACUGUCGAGGAGGAGAAGGUCCCAUAUGGAUCUCAGGUGAAAACAUUCCUCAGAUGAAAGAUAUCCCAAAUUGUUCAUGUGGUGCCCAAAGGAUGUUUGAAUUCCAAGUUAUGCCACAACUCCUGAACCACCUGAAGGUUGAUAGCCUAGGAGAAAGUAUUGACUGGGGAACACUGGUAGUCUACACCUGUGCUGAAAACUGUAACCAAGCAAAUGGAUAUAUGGAGGAGUUCAUCUGGAAGCAGGACAUAACUGCAGACUCUACUUAACUACUACACAUUUAUUUUUAGUUUCUGUAAAGAAAUGAAUUGAGUUUAUACACAUGUACUGAAGUGUUACACAUUGCAAGAAGGAAAAAAGGUAAAGAACUAUUAUUUCAUACUGAGGAACUAGCCCAGAGUUGUAUCACCUUUAAUGUGUACAUUGUAAUUUAAUGACUUAACUAUAAUUUAAACAGACCUGGUUGAAAUUUUUUGUGCAUGUCACCAGUACAUAUGAGCCUGAGCAUUUAAGGUUCCUACCCAUUGUUUGGUUUCACUAUCCAAGAUGAAGUAAAAGCUGAUGGUUGAAAAUUUCAUUUUUUUCCUCAGCAUUUUUUAAAAAGCAAUCUUUAGUUUCACUCAAACACUUCUAGUGCUCCUAGAGCCAGUAAAUUGUCUUUUAUAGUCAAUUUUAGGCUUGUUCAGACAUUGUUUCCUUUAAGUCAGUGAUGUUAAGAAAAUGCUGAGACAAUAGAGAUAAGCAGAGUGAUUGUAUCUGAAACCCAAUCAUGUACUGCAUGUUUUACUUGGUAAAGUGCCAGCUUAGUUAAUGUACUUUAUCACUCAGUGUUUGUUUGACAGUGUGCAUUUACUUUAUAUAAUUGCCUAUGGAGUGAGAAAUGAGGCCCAGAAACAGUGAUGUUUUGCAGUUACUGCUGCAGGGGCUAGAGUCCAGCUGGUUGAACAGUGGUGUGGCAAUCUGACUCUAUUGUAUGAGGGAAACUUAGUCCCUGCCCAAAGGUUACACUUUGUGCAUAACAUUGGGGCUCUUACUUACACUAUAAAUUAAAUGACAUGCUUCUAUAGUAUGUUUUACAGUUUUUUUCAAAAAUAUUUAAGUGAUAGAACUCUAACUUAAUUUGGCUUCCAGCUCUAUAGUGUUUUAGCAUUGGCAGUUAAAUUCCUCUAGCUGCCUAUUUUUACACCAAAUCCAGAGAGCAGAAAUAUUCCAUUGCUGUGAAGAUGCUCUGCAGCAGUGGUAGCUUAAUUAUUGAAUUUGCUGUCAAAGUAAAUUGAAAAAUUACCCCACCUGUUACAGGGGCUUUAAAAAGAUUCUCUCUCUCAAAACAAAUCUAGAAAUAGAGCGAGCGCUUAAUGGUGUGAUGCAAAUGUUUCUCCAAUGUCUUAAGAGAAACUACAUUUGCAUCAAUGUUAUUCUGAGGCAAAAAUAGUUCUCCCAUUCACAUGUGUGUUUAAUUGGUUAAUUAAACUGAAUCUCAACUCUACCACAUCUGGAAUAUGUUAGUUCUGGUGUAUUAUCUCAGAACAACUUCCCCUCUGCAGUACCUUGGCUCAUAGCAAGAGGUGUCCCCUUGGAAACAGCACCCAUAUACCCAAGGUAUCUGAUAGUUUCAUAUCUACUCCUGUCUUGUGCACAAGCCUAUCCUCCCCCCAGCUUUAUUUAGACGAGCUUGAUCCAUGCCAUAGGGGAUUGUACUUUUAUAUCCUCUUCAAGUUGAGACUAAUUUUAUGAUAAUAUACAUGGAGUGUUUUAUGCUAUACAAACUUUUUCUAGACACCAGAUUGAACAGGGUAAGAUAUUUGGUCAGUUACUUUACAACAUACUGGUGUUUAGAAAUUUCAAGUUCUGGGCAAUCCUACCAAAGCUCACAGACUGACAUCUACGAGGCAAGUUUCACAAACAAUGUUUAGAGAUUCCAAGGCCAGCUGGGACCACUGUGAUCAUCCAGUGAGUCUGACCUCCUGCAGACCAUAUCAGAUCUUUCCUAUCCUGUCUUGUUUUAAAAAUGGGCAGUGAAGAAGAAUCCACCACAACCCAGGGUAAAUUAUUCACCAUUAAAAAUGUAAACCGUAUCUCCAGGCUGAAGUUGGCUAGCUUCAAAUGCCCACCAUUGGACCAUGUUAUACCUUUCUUAGCUAGAUUGAAGAGCCCCUUGUAAGUACCUACCUGAGCACCAAAUAUUUAAUAACCUGUAAUCAAAUCACCCCUUGAGCUCUUUGUUUAUCACUAAAAGGCAUGUUUUCUAAUCCUUUAAUAAUUAUCAGGACUCUUUUCUGAACCCUCUCCAAUUUGUCAACAUCCUUCUUGAAUUGCACCAGAAUUAAACACUGUAUUCCAGCAGCAGUCAAAGGUAAAAUAACCUCUCUAGUCUUACUCAAUCCUUUUUAUGCCUCCCAGGAUCACUUUAGCUCUUUUGGCCACAACAUUGCAGUGGGAGCUCAUGCUCAGCUGAUUAUCCACCACCCCCCAAAUCUUUUUCAGAUUCUAUCAUGCAGUUCCUCUGCAGAAGUAAAUUAUUAGCCACACAGAGGAUUCAGGAAACUGCUGCUAAAGAAGUUGUAGCAUCCCUGAAGCCUCUAGCCCUUGCAUUAGUCAGGUCAAAACAUUAACCAAGUGUUCUGGCAUUCCCUUUAAGUGAAAACCAUUCAAGUUUACCUGAUUGUGGCUUUGUCUGCUAUUCUUAGCCCUGUAGUUCCCAAAGGAUGCAGCUCAAACCACUCAAGUUCUGUCUACACUACAGCAUCCACUGAAGGAGAUGUAGCAGUUGAGAAUUACAGGUCCAGACAUCAAUAAUGAAGUCUAUAGCGCCACUGAAAC